CGAAAGCCUCCUUUUCUCCGUUUUCCUGCAGGAUGGCAUUCUUCAAAUAUCUUCGCUCCGUUAAGAAUGAGCUUGUCCUCUUCUCAACUCCAUUUCUUCUUCUUCCACUGCCUUUAGUGAUCGGGACACCGGAGGCAGAAUGUGCCUACGUGAUAAUCUUGAUGGCUGUGUACUGGUGCACAGAGGUCCUGCCACUGGCUGUAACAGCUCUCCUCCCAGCUCUCCUUUUCCCCUUGUUUGGCAUAAUGCAGUCCAAAGACGUGUGCAUGCAGUACCUGAAGGACACAAACAUGCUGUUUGUAGGGGGGCUGAUGGUUGCGGUUGCUGUGGAGCACUGGAAUCUGCACAAGCGCAUCGCCUUGAGGGUGCUGCUUUUUGUUGGUGUGCGUCCAGCGCUUUUGAUGUUGGGUUUCAUGGGUGUGACAGCCUUCUUGUCCAUGUGGAUCAGUAACACGGCUACCACAGCCAUGAUGGUGCCUAUUGUCCAAGCAGUGCUGGAACAGCUGAACAACAGUGAGGCAGAAAUACCUCAGAUCCUCAGCUCAGAGGAGGAUGUCCAGACAUCAGAGACUGACAGCAAACAGGCUCCACAGACAGAGAAACAGAGUGAGGGACAAGGCCCAGUGGUGGUGACUUUCUUAGAUGCCGCAGUGGAGACUGCCAGGCAUAAGGAGGCAGCAGAAAGGCGGAGAAUGUGUAAAGGGAUGACAUUAUGUGUUUGUUAUGCUGCCAGCAUCGGAGGCACCGCCACACUUACAGGAACUGGUCCCAAUCUGGUGCUCAUGGGCCAGAUGAACCAACUAUUUCCUCAAAAUGGAGAUGUGAUUAACUUUGCUUCCUGGUUUGGCUUUGCCUUUCCUAACAUGAUCCUGAUGCUCACACUGGCCUGGCUUUGGCUGCAGUUUGUCUUCAUGGGAUUCAACUUUAAGAAGACGUGGGGCUGUGGGUCUGUGAAGACAGAGAAGGAGAUUGCUGCCUAUAAUGUGAUUCGUGAGCAGCAUCGUCUGCUGGGGCCCAUGUCCUUUGGAGAGAUCAGUGUUCUGGGUGUUUUCACUCUGCUGGUGGUGAUGUGGUUCACAAGGGAUCCAGGCUUUGUCGAUGGCUGGGCGACAGAUAUCUUCAACUCCAAAGCAGAGUAUGUGACAGAUGCCACUGUGGCAGUCUUCAUUGCUGUCCUUCUCUUUAUCCUGCCCUCUAAGCCACCACGUUUCUGUUCAUGGAGGACUCAAAGUUUUGACACAGUAACCCAUCAAACUGCUGGCCCAACUCCACCUCUGCUCACCUGGAAAGUUGCCCAAAAGAAGUUACCAUGGGGCAUCGUGCUUCUUCUUGGAGGGGGUUUUGCUCUGGCCAAGGGCAGUGAAGAAUCGGGACUCUCAAAGUGGAUGGGCGAUCAAAUGACUCCACUGCAAAAUAUCCCUCCUUGGGCAAUUGCUAUCAUUUUGUGCCUACUGAUUGCUACCUUCACCGAGUGCACUAGUAAUGUGGCCACUGCGACGCUCUUUCUACCUGUCUUGGCCUCAAUGUCUCAGUCCAUUGGAAUCAAUCCAUUGUACGUCAUGGUGCCUUGUACUCUGAGUGCCUCAUUUGCCUUCAUGCUGCCUGUUGCUACGCCUCCAAACGCCAUAGUCUUCUCUUAUGGAUACCUCAAGGUUGCCGACAUGGCCAGAACAGGAAUAGUCAUGAACAUCAUCGGCAUCCUAUGCAUUACACUGGCCAUUAACAGCUGGGGAAAGGCCAUGUUUCACCUGGACUCCUUCCCCGUCUGGGCGAAUGUCACUGGGGUGUGAGCCUGGUUCUGCCACAGGAGAUGAUCCAUGCACACCCUGCCCUCCCUGUCCACAAGUGCCACACAAAGAUCUCUGGUCAGAGCAACAGCAUAGGACCACACAGUGGACCUCAUACGUCCAAUUGCUGUUAGGAUACAAGCCCCACAAGGCUCGUGUGCUUUGACACCUGAGAAUUGCUUGCGAAAGAAAGUGGUGAUGAAUAUGAUUGGGAAUGAAAGAGAGAAAGAGUGGUUGAGGAAUUGAAUUAAAAUCUUUUUUUCUUUUUUUUUCUGCUUACGUUGUAUCAUAAUGAAAUUACACGUUAAAGAAAGAACCCUCACGCUCGUAAAACAGAAUGACAGGAUUCAUGUACUCUCAGUAUUUAUACUCUUUUUAUACUCUCUUAAAUGAAGAGACCCAUGAGGUCUAAGAUAUGUGACAGUCACAUGUAGCCAAUAAUAAUAAUAAUAGCAACAAGCCAUACUGUAUAAUUUAAGAACAUAACCAAGUCCAGCACUCAAGUACAAUUUUGAGGUACUUGUACUUGUACACUGAAGAAUUUACAUUUUAUGCCACUUCUGCUUUUACUUAACUUCAUAUCUUGUGGAAAUUUUUGUCCUUUUUGAAUUUAUCUGACAGUUGUAGUUACUAGUCACUUUUCAAAUUAACAUUUUAUAUUGAAAACAUGUUUUUGGAAAAUAUGAUAAAUUGUUACAGAUUAAACUACCCAACUGCAUACAGUAAAACUACUGUAUACUAAAACGCCCCACCUCAUCCAUUAAAAUUCUACUUGUUAAUAUGUUAAUAAUAAUCCAAUAACAUUACAUGUAAUAAUACGACAAGAGUAGUCCUGCUGCCUUUCACUUAAGUAAAAUAUUGAAUGCAAGACUUUUACUUGCAAUGGAUUGUUAUAAUAUUAUAGUUUUACUACUUUCAUUUAAGUCAAAUACUUCUUCCACUACCACUUCUAAAUACUGAGUUUUGCAUUCACAUCUCCCAAAACAGAUUCAAAGUAUCAAAGAUUGUGAGUCAUUAUAGCUAUUUUGGUUUUUAUAGAUGAUGGGCUAAUAUUCACAUUAUGGCAGAGACCUGACCUGACUGAGACCUGUGUCGACUAUAUAUAUAUUUAUAUGAUUCUUCCAGCAUCAGUUGAACUUUGAGAUGAAUCAUCACUGCAAGUGUAAGAAAUCUGUAUCUGCCUUGUACAAACAUACUGACUUACUGUACUGUAAACAUAUUUUCAAUAUUUCAGUCAAUACAGUAUGUGCUGACACUGUGAAAUGUCUCACUGCAAUAAUGAAUUCUGUCUGAAUUGCAAUAAA